UUCGCACUUGGAGAUUCUCAACCACCCGCCCCCCGACACCUCGCAUUGGGAGCGUGGUUAACAUCCAGGAUGCGAACAUAACGCUGUUGCCCUGGAGUCUUUCCCCGCAGGUAAGAGCAUACUAUCUGAGUCCCGCUUCGGCGGGCGUUGACGACAAGUUUCAUUAUUACGCUAUUUAUUUCUGAUGGCAUGACAAUACCCUGCAAGACCUGUGGGUGCAAUCUUCGCGAAGUACGGAGCAGCCCAGCGCAGUCACCCUUCAAAUUCAAACGUCCCUCCACCCGCCUGUGUCAUUCAUCAUGGAGACCGCAAAUGGGAGUGCGGCCCCGGCGCAGAACGGCCAGCAGGGAGAUGAAACUGGAUUCAAGUUGAAGUUCUGCACAGUCUGCGCAAGCAAUCAGAAUCGGUCGAUGGAAGGGCACCUCCGUCUCGCACAGGCCAACUAUCCCGUCAUCUCUUUCGGCACGGGAUCCCUCGUACGGUUGCCAGGGCCGACCGUGACGCAGCCCAACGUCUACAAGUUCAAUCAGACGUCGUACGACAGUAUCUAUCGGGAACUCGAGGCCAAGGACCCUCAGCUAUACCGGGCGAACGGCUUGCUGAACAUGCUCGGCCGGAACCGCGUCAUCAAGUGGGGUCCUGAACGGUGGCAAGACUGGCAGAUUGGGAUGCCGAGGGUGAAGCAUGAAAAGGACCAAGGGAGCGCGGGCAUGGAGUCGGGCGUGCCAGACAUCGUUAUCACCUGCGAGGAGCGUUGUUGGGAUGCCGUGAUCGACGACCUCUUGAACCGCGGCGCCCCGUUGAACCGGCCCGUCCACGUCAUCAACAUUGAUAUCAAGGACAACCACAAGGAUGCCUCCAUUGGCGGCGGAGCCAUCGUCGACCUCGCGGAUUCUCUGAACAAAGCGGCCAUGGAAGAGCGCGAGAAGGUUGGGCCAGCUGCGUUUGAUGCUGGGGGGGCUGCCAGCAGAGCAAGCUUUGACGAACGGGUGCCGGAGAUCUUGGCUGAAUGGCAAGAGAGAUGGCCGGAUUUGCCUUCCACGUGGACCUUGUCUUGGUUUUGAGGUUUCUGUCUUUGAUUGCUAUUUCUCUAUGCAAUGGCGUUGGGUGGCAGGUUGCUGGGUUUGCGGAAUCAGGCGUAAGGACGGGAUCGAGGCACGAGAUACCAGGCAUCAAUCAAACCUAUGAACUUGGCCAUGAUGACAAUAGGCCAUUGAACACCACAACAGCAGAGAUGUUUGAGCAUUGGUCAUUGAUCGAGGUUUGGUUUGGCUUUCUU